AUGGCCAGCCCUGCAUCCCCCAACGUCAGAAUAGAAGUGGAUGUUGCUACGAGACACCCGGUGGCUCCAAAUCUUUACGGCAUCUUCUUCGAGGAGAUUCAGCAUGCUGGAGAGGGCGGCAUCUAUGCAGAGCUCAUCCAGGAUCGCACAUUCAGCGGCCUAGCCUACACGCAGGCAUUUCUGGACAGCGAUGCACAGGAGCUGGUCCUGGGGCCCAGCGCCUUUGAGGGGCCGGUCCUGUCGCUGCACUCCAGCUUGCAUGCUGAGGCCAGCCACCUGUCUCCGAAGAAUGCAUCCCUCACAGGCUCAAGUUCUCUGGCUGAGCAGCUCUGGCAGCAUUCCGAGAACAGGGCUCUGGGAGCGACGAGUCAGCCGGUGAGCUGGAAGCCGCUGGGAGGCACGACGCUGACGCUGACUAAGCAGUACCCGAUGCCGGACAACGGCGCGCGUGGAUUGGCCAUGCGGCUGGCCUCCGGGCCGGGGGAACUUGGGGGGAUCAUAAACACCGGGUUCUGGGGGAUCCCAGUGCAGGCCGGCCAUGACUACGAGCUCUCUGUCUACCUCAGAGACCCCAGCUCAGACAGGGCAAGCCCACUGUCAGUCAGUAUUGCGCUGGAGUCGAGCCAUGGCUCCCAUACAUAUGCAACGGCGGUGCUGGAGGGUGUGGACGCCUCCUGGCGCAAUUUCAGGGCCACUCUGACAGCGGAAGCCACAGAUUCCAACGCCCGCCUGGCUCUGCGCUUGGAGGGUGGGGAGGUGCUGGUGAACAUGGUGUCGCUGUUCCCAGCUGAGAAUGGGGUAGAGGGCAGCAUUUCGCCCUUCAGGAGCGACCUGCUCACCCUCUUGAAGGGACUGCAGCCGAGGUUCCUGAGGUUCCCUGGCGGCUGCUAUGUGGAGGGGGUGACGAUGCGCAACGGCUUCUUCUGGAAGCCCAGCGUGGGCGCCGUCGCAGAGCGGCCCGGUCACUGGAACGGCAUGUGGCAGUACUGGAGCACUGACGGGCUGGGCCUGUACGAGUACAUGGUGCUGACGGAGGAGCUGGGCGCGGAGCCCAUCUGGGUGCUCAACAACGGGCUGAGCCACGAGGAGAGCGUGCCCACCGCGCGCAUCACACCCCUGCUCGCCGACGCGCUGGACUCCAUCGAGUUCAUCUCCGGCCCGGCCGACUCGCGCUGGGGCGCCGUGCGUGCGCAGAUGGGCCACCCCGACCCCUGGAGCCUCACCUACAUCGGCGUCGGCAACGAGGACUGCGGCAAGCCGUACUAUGUGUCCAACUACCUGGCCUUCUUCCACGCCAUAAAGCAGCGCUACCCGCACAUGCAGCUCAUCGCCAACUGCAACAUGGGCAACGACGCACCCACCGAGAUGUGGGACUGGCAUUGGUACACGGACCCCCAGAGCAUGUUCAACGGGAGGUACACCUUUGACACAAUGACGGUGGCCAAGGACAGCUAUGUCUUUGCAUCGGAGUAUGCUGUCUUCGACUGGGGCAUUAAAACCAUCCCCAGGGGCAACAUCCAGGGUGCGGUGGCGGAGGCAGCGUUCAUGACGGGGAUGGAGCGCAACUCGGAGGUGGUCCAGCUGGCGGCCUACGCACCCCUUCUGGCCAACAUUGCCCACCAGGGCGCCCUCUGCCCCACCAACCUCAUACUCUACGACAACCACAGGCACCACCCCACCUCGCUCCAGAACGCUUGCUGA